UUUUGCUUUCCCUCUCUCUCUCUCUUCAGCCAUUUUCUCUGUCGAUUUUCUCCGGCGACCAAACAGUAAAAAAGAAGCAGCAGCGAGUUCGAUCAAAUGUGUGAAUACAGUACUUGGAGAGCAUACUGUAUAGCUACGAAGCAUUGUUAGAGUAUAUAUACUUAUCUACAGAUCGAUCCAAUCUAGAGAGAGAGAGAGAAAUGGCAUGGUGCAACGAUAAUCCGUCGUCCGUACUUUCGGCAGCAGCAGAGGAGCAAUCUGAAAGAGCCUUUCCUCCCGCCGGCGCCGCCGACGGCGUAAUUGUUCGGUUAGGCGACGAAUUUGGCGGGAACAAGUGCCCGUCGUGCGGCCACGACAUGGAAUCGUCCUUCCAGGAUCCGUCACAGGGCGGCGGCGGCGGGAUACAGGAUCUGCCGGGGCUGCCGGCGGGGAUGAAGUUUGAUCCGACUGACCAAGAGAUAUUGGGACAUUUGGAGGCGAAAGUUAUGUCCGAUUCCCGCAAAAUCCACCCGCUCAUCGACGAGUUCAUCCCCACCAUCGACGGCGAGAACGGGAUCUGCUACACACAUCCUGAGAAGCUACCAGGAGUCUCAAACGACGGCCAAAUCCGCCACUUCUUCCACAGGCCAUCCAAGGCGUACACGACGGGGACAAGGAAGCGGAGGAAGGUGCACACGGAAGAAGACGGGAGCGAGACCAGGUGGCACAAGACAGGGAAAACCAGGCCGGUUCUCGUCGGCGGCGCAACCAAAGGAUUCAAGAAGAUACUAGUACUCUACACCAACUACGGCAGGCAAAGGAAGCCGGAGAAGACCAACUGGGUAAUGCACCAAUACCACCUCGGCAACAAUGAAGAGGAGAAAGAUGGCGAGUUGGUCGUGUCAAAAGUGUUCUACCAAACGCAGCCUCGACAAUGUGGCGGUGGUGGUGGGGUUGGAUCCAGCUCCAUCAAGGAUUCCUUUGACAGGAAUCAUCCAAGUGGGAACAGUAACGUUCAAGGUAACAGAAAUAUUAUUACUAUCAAUAGUGGUGCUAAUACGGCAACAGCAACAACAAUUACUAGUAGUAGUACACUGGUUGAUUACUACAGCCCAACUUUCAUGGGUUAUGAUCAUGAGAAUAGUAUCAGUGAUCAUCAGGGGAGCCACAUUAACAGAGAAAGCCCACCUCAGUUGAUUCCAAAUUUGGUGGUUCAUCAAGGUGAUGGGUCUUCCUAUAUUCGACUUGCUGGUGAUACAAGCAAAGGCAAGCUUCAAAGGAAAUGAGGUGAGAAUGAGAUAGAGAAGAGAUCUCAUGAACAGCUUUUUUCUUUUGUUGUUGGGGGUAGAGUAGGAGUUAAGGACAGGAGUUGGGGUUUUGUUUGGUGGGUAUUUGACUAUUUGUGGGGUAUAAACUGUUAGGUAUGUGGGUAUUUUGAGAAUCUGUCGGCAAGGGUGAAAAAGAAGGAGGAUUUCAGAAUCGCUAUGGGAUUCAAUACCUUUUCUUUGGUGGGAAUUGAAGUACAGGGAGGGAUAGGUAUAACAGCCAGGUUCUGGUGGAAGCUUUUGAUUUUGUCCAUAGUAUAUUUCAUUAACUUGUGUAGGUUAUAGAAGAAACAUUUGGUACCUUUGGCUUUAUUCUUCUGCUUGGUUAAAUUAUACUGUACGUAUAGUAUAGUGAUUAUUUGGGAAAGGAAAAGAAUAGGGUUUCUUGAUCAUAGAGCAAGGUGGCAUGGGCAUGGGUAGGGUUGUAAUUUGGCAAUAUUAUUAUAUAAUAAUAAGCAAUAUUCUUGCUUGGAAUAAAUUCCACUCAUAUGUAAAGCUUCAAAAAGCUUUUCUAAAGCAACUUAUCAAUUGUAUAUGCAACAUAUUUGUUCUACCUUAUUCUUUUGGUUUGGGGU